AUGAACUGGACUGGUGGAAGAAGAACAAAGAUCCAGGCGAACGCAGAGAGAAUGCGCCGGCGGCAGCGCUUUGAUCGACAGUGCAGGUUGGCCAGGGCAACCUACUAUCAAGAUCUCCAGCAACGAUCGUCUAUCAUCCCUGACCAUGGCCAAAGUCCAUCCCAAAGCCCCCUGACCGCAAGACAUCGAACGCCUCGUCCGAGUAACGAAAAGUUUAGCCCACUUUUUGUCAAGAUGGAAACAGAUGGGAGUGCUGCCUCAAAGACAUGCGAUGCUCAUCAGGUGCGACAACAGGAUCCGACCAGUACGGCUGCUGGAUUUUCGCCAAGGGCGUCGUUGGCCUCUGGACGGUCAACCCAAGGAGAUACGAGUUUGGUGGCGCGAGGCCUCGACUUGGGCACCAUGGACUACCACACCGCAAGACUAGAGUGCCUCAAGAUACUGAAGUCGCCGUCGUUUGACUGGCUCGGUGAAGCAUACCAGCUGCGGCCGUCGGAGCUCCUGGAGCGGAAUAUUACGCCACCAAAUCAGACUAGCAGGAAUCCAUGCAAGAGAGCUCACCAAUCAUUUGCUGUCAGGAGGGCGGGUCACAGUGGUCGCACUCAUGGUGUGGAGGAUGAUGAUGCUGGUUAUUCGCCGAGCGAUUCCGGUGCCGACGACGAGGAUGAAGGUGAUGAAGACGAGCUUCUCCAAGUCCCGGCAAAGCACAGGGCUGUAUGCCGGGAGCUGCAAACCAAGAGAAGCAGGAUCGAUAUUGAUGUAGACAACAUGAUCAUCCAACCCCAGGAAUCAGCAGCAAAGGAACUCGUCAUCGAAACCCCACCACACUCAGAGGAUAUCACGAAGGAAGAGACUGGUCAGAACAGAGUUACGCCGGCGGAUGAAGCUUCUUUGAGUAGAAACCUUACCCCAGUGUACACUGAGACGAUUGCGGAACAUCAGACAGUCAACCCUGUUGAAGGAAACUCGGGCCAUGGAUCGGACAUGCCAAGCAAGACGACACUUUCACGAGGCGCUGAUCCGCCAGUUGUUGAGCCUACUUCUCCUACAUCUGUCUUCGCAGACUCUUCAGCCCCGGUUGAUCAAGCGAUGCCAAACUUUGAGGAGUCACAGUUCCAAGUGGAGACAAACUCUCAGGCGCGUCAAUCGCUUUCAAUCGCGCCUAGAGAAAUCAAAGAUCCGCAAGAGCCUUCAUUAAAGGACCCUCGAGAACCUGACAACAGAAGUUUGGAGACCCGAGACAUAGGGAUCACUUCUGCAUUCCUUGCAACUACGGAUGCUCGAGCGACAGGGAUUUAUGCGAUGGAUAUCAAUUCAGCUGCUAUUGAUGAGACAGGUCUUCAACCAGUGGAAACUCCAACCAAAGAGCAGCACUCAAGCGCAUCUCAACUACCGAAAUCGCCUACACCUGGUGGCAGGUCUCCAGCAUCUCAUACUGCCGAGCCUACAGUCGUGAAACCUCAACCGACAGAGAUACCCCCUGCCGAAGCGCGACUAAUUGGAGGUCCAGCGCCACAUGUGACGUUGGCACCUCGAUUGACACACUCACACUUUUUCCCCACCUAUGGAUCUGCGAAUUUGCCCGACCGACGUCGUGACAACAACUCCGGAGUAACGAGUGUCCAAGAGACAGAGCAGAGGCCUGUGGAGAUGUACAGCCAGUCGGUUCCCUCGGAGAUGGACGCCCCGCUGUACUCUGAUGGUGAAGAGACUCCCUACCAGAGCAAUAGCCACAACAGCCCCAAUAGUUACACCUACAACAACCGCCACAACAAUAGCAUCAACCAAGAGGACGAUUAUAUCGACCCAAAUGACGUCUCGCCAGAAGUAUCGACGCAAUACACCUUGUCAAAGCAAUCAUCGGUCGUCUCUGCAUUCGAUUGGUUCCCGGCGAACCAAGAACAGGCUUCCAGGAUCUCUCUCCAGGAAAAGGAACAUCGUUCCCAAUCUACUCUGAUGCGAAGCGAUGCCUCCAACCCUCAGACCGUCGGUAACAGUGGCUACAUUUACGACGACUAUGACUCUCGUGGUGGUGGCAGCUUUUCUUCUUCUUCUCAGCUUCGUUCUCGUGGUGUGCACGCGCACGAGCAGGAGCAAAGACGGCAGCAUCAGCGUGUUUCUCUGAUCCGUCUCCCCUCGGAUCCUAUGGAUGUGGAUGCAUUGAGUUCUAUCCUGGGCAGUCAGGACGACUUUGGAUAUGGUCAUCAUCGUGGUGGUGGUGGUGGUGGUGGUACAGGUUCUGGAGGCGCAAUUCAAGGGCUCAGAAGUGAAUUUGAGAGGGGCGAGUCAGCAGAGGGUGGUGAAGAUGAUGCUCUGUCAGAGUGGAUCCACGAUGAUGAAUGGUAG